AUGGCAGUAGACACUCCCAAUGGCGAGUCCUCACCCCGUGCAGACGAAGAAACGCCCCUCCUCCGCGAAACUCCCCACGGCGAUAACGACAAUGAGCAAGAUGAAGAACCCGCCGAAGAACAAGUCAUUAUCCCCUCGCAACCUUCCUCCUGGAAUCUCCUGAUAACCCUCUCCGCCGUCUACACCGGCGUCUUCCUCGGCGCCCUCGACAGCACCAUAAUAGCCACCCUCUCAACCCCCAUCUCGCGCUCCUUCUCCUCCCUCUCCCUCCUCUCAUGGCUCGCCUCCGCCUAUCUGAUAGCCAAUGCAGCCUGCCAGCCGCUCUCCGGCCGCCUCACAGACAUCUUCUCGCGCCGCACCGGCCUGCUAGUUUCCAACGCCUUCUUCUGCGCCGGCAAUCUGAUCUGUGGUCUCGCGGGCUCCGAAGCCGUGAUGAUACUCGGCAGAGUCGUUGCCGGCAUGGGAGGAGGCGGUUUGAUGGCCAUUAGCACGUUUGUGGCUUCUGAUCUCGUGCCUUUGAGGAGGAGAGGCUUGGUACAGGGUUUAGGCAAUGUAUGUUAUGGCUCUGGAGCGGGGCUAGGUGGGAUUUUUGGCGGAUGGGUAAAUGACGUUUGGGGCUGGAGAGUUGCGUUCUUGGUACAAGUGCCCUUGAUUAUCAUCUCAGCCAUCCUCGUAUAUUUCUUCGUCAACGUCCCGCCGAAACAGUCGUCCAAGCCCGCUCUUUCGCGCGUGGAUUUCCUCGGUGCCGGGACACUGGUCUUGACACUCGUCUUGCUACUCCUUGGCUUGAAUUCUGGGGGCAAUGUAGUACCCUGGUCCCACCCUCUGGUUCUGGUUUCCUUACCGCUGUCGGGCAUGGGACUUGCAUUGUUUGUGUACAUCGAGGCCAGGGUGGCCAGUGAGCCUAUUAUACCCGUCCAUCUACUCCUCCACCGCACUGUAGCAUCCGCCUGCAUAACCAAUUUCCUCACCACCGCCUCCUCCUUCAUAACCCUCUUCUACAUCCCCAUAUUCUUCCAAACCGCCGGCCUCUCUGCCACGCUCUCCGGCCUACGCCUAAUCCCCCACUCCGUCGGCACCUCCUUUGGAUCGCUCGGCACCGGCCUCAUCCUAAACCACACCGGCCGCUACAAGAUCCUCUCCCUUGCCCUGCUAGUCAUAUUCACGCUUGGAACCGGCUUAUUGACCACCAUGGACGUCAAUGUAGCCGCGAAGAGUAAUUGGGGCAUUUGGAUAUACAUGGCGCUCAUAGGAGCCGGGUACGGCGGUAUCCUCACCGUCACUCUCCUGGCAGUCAUCGCAGCCAUAGCGCACGAACACCAAGCCGUCAUCACAUCCGCGACCUAUGCCUUCCGGUCCACGGGCUCCACGAUCGGCAUCACGAUUGCGAGUGCAGUCUACCAGAACCUGCUCUCCAAGGGCUUGCAUGACAGGUUUGAUGGAUACCCUGGGGCUGAAAAGGAGAUUGGUAGGAUUAGAGAUGGUGUUGAUGGAUUGGGCAGUCUUCCGGGGGGAUGGGAAAGCGGUGCGAAAGACGCGUUUGGGGAGGCGUUGAGGGGGGUGUUUUUGACUAGUCUUGGGGUUGCGGUGUUGGGGUUGGUGGUGGGUGCUUUUAUGAGGGAACAUGUUUUGCAUAAGACGUUGGAAAGGAGACCUUCUAUCGGAUCGAGAUGA